AUGUCGUUGCUUAUGGGCGAGUGGAAGCAUCUAAGGCGCACGCCGCCGGGCGGUGUACCCGCUGACGCGCCCGCAUCGCCACCGAACCACCUCCACCUCCGCGCGCUCCCUGGACGCGAAAGCAAGUCCUUCGCCACUGGCGACGGGCCGCCCUCCUUCUUCUCCAGCGCUCUCCCGUUGCUCGAGCCGCCCAUCGAAACCCCUCUCCCUCUUCCCGCGCCACUUAAUCCUCGCCGCGCGCGCGGAAGGGCCUCCUAUGACGCCGUCACGGCGCUCACUGAGCUCAAGCGCUCGCUCGACUUCGACGUUUCAGAGGAACGUGGGAGCGCCUCUCGAGUAGCAGGCGGCCGCUCUCGCACGAGCCGCAGGCCGCGCGAGGACAUGAACGCCGCGAUGAUGCCCCUCCUUGCGACAGUACCCACGGCGGCCGGACCCGGAGCCCCAAAGGCGCUGCCCGAGCUCCCAAGAGACAUCGAGAAGAUGAGCUACCGCGAGUUGAAGGACCACUACCCCCUCGUCUUCGGGAAGGCGACCAACAGCAACAACAAGGGCUGGUUGUACAGGGUCAUCAAGGCUCGCUACGUGAACCCGGAGGUCGAGGGGGAGGAAGACGCGACCGCGGGGGAAGACGGGAUCGCGGCGGCUCGCCCUCGCCGCCGGAAGCGCGUGGACUACCUGGCGGUCGUGUCCGCGGGCGCGGCUUGA